AUGGCGCCUAUUCCCAUCACCAUCAUCACUGGGUUUCUCGGCUCCGGCAAGACCACCCUUAUCCUGAAUCUGAUCCCACAACUGCGCCGCAAGAACCCGUCUUACAAGCUCGCCCUUCUCAAGAACGAGUUUGGCGACCUCGCCGUCGACUCGCAGCUCGCCUCGAGCGCCGCCAUCUCUGGUGUCCAAGAGCUGCUCAACGGCUGCAUCUGCUGCAACCUCGUGGGCCAGCUCGGCCCGGCGCUCGCCGAGCUCGAGAAAACCGUCGCGCCCGACCGCAUCGUCAUCGAGACGAGCGGGUCUGCAUUUCCCGCAACGCUGGCCCUCGAAAUCAACCGCCUGGCGCGCGAGACGGGCAAAUACAUGCUGGAUGGCGUCGUUAGCGUGAUUGACGUCGAGAACUGGGAGGGCUACGAGGAUACGAGCUACACGGCCAAGAUACAGGCGCGGUACACGGACCUGAUUGUGUUCAACAAGUGGGAAGCGGCCGGCGACGACCGCUACGAGGAGUGUGUGGAUCGGGUUGGCGACCUCGAGGUGGAUGUCGCCAAGGCCAAGAGUGACAAGGGCUUCGUCAAUAUGGACAUCGUGUUUGGAAUCGACGGUGGCCUUGCGCAGCAACUCACCGACAGCCACGCUAUGAAGGAAAACGGCCAGGCCAACGGCCACACAAACGGCUACCUCACAAACGGCCACACAAACGGCGAGCACCACUCGCACGACCACCAGAGUGAGGUCGAGGUCCUCUCCCUCGAGCUUCAGGGCAGCAACGCCGCCUCCACCAAGAUUUCCACCGAGAAGAUACAGACACUACUUGCCGCGGCGCCCAAAGACGAAGUCUACCGCAUCAAGGCCGUCGUAACGCUGUCAGCGCCGCCCCGCAACUCGGACGCCGAUGUGCCUCCACCCGCCGCCAGCCCGUCCGGGCGCUACAUCCUCAACUGGGCGUUUGGUCGAUGGAACUUUACGCCCGUGGCGGGGUCACAAGAAGAGCACGCGAGCAGCAAUGAAGUCGCGCUGCGCAUGACCAUGAUCCUGGCGCGCUGCGAGAGCGCCAAGUGGGAGAAGAAGAUCAAGGCGGGCGGCUUGGUGGAGGUAGAGUCUGGUGAGGGCGAGUUGGUCGUCAAGAGGAUACUAUAA